AUGAACCCGGACGGUCGGAUGCUGGCGAGUCCUGCCAUGGGCGCCGACGGUCCGCUGCCGCGGCUCCACCAGCACCAUGGCAUGCACAUGGCGCCCGAGUACCACCGGCCACAGGCGCAGCUAGACCACCGGUCGUCGCCCCACACGAGCCCGUCGCCGAGCGAGCAGCAGCAGGUAUACCCGCUCCGGCGCGACGAUCACGCCGACGCGUACCAUGCCAAGCCCCAGUAUGUCGAUCCGACCUCGCCGACAGCCGUGUGGCGCGCGAGGAGGCAUGAGGAGCUUGCCGCCGGCUAUGGCCGGUCACCGGACGAGGCGGCGCGUCCGUACGCACCGGAGCCGCCCACCUUGUAUGCACCCCGCCCCGAUCCUAGUAGCAGCAUGUACUAUGCCGACUGGCGCCAAGAGAGCUCCGGCCACGAGCGUGCGUCGAGUCGAAGACGCGUCGAGCACGCGCUGCGGAGCCAUGCGCGCAGCUACGACGAGCUCCUCCUCAUCAUUUCCGCGAUCGACGAAGAGCUCCUGCACAUGUCCAGCAACUCGAAGAUGCAGUACUUUGACAGCGCGAUGGAUUUCCAAAGAACACUUGAGAGCGGCUGCACGAGCUACCGGCUGUAG